AUGCAUCGCACCUAUUCCAUGCGCACCACCCGGGCGCCUACCGCGUCCCAACUGCAGAGCCCCCCUCCCCCUCCUUCAUCUACCAAAUCCGGCCGUUUCUUCGGAAAGGGGAAUUUAGGCCAUGCUCUGCGCCGCAAUGCCGGUGGCGCUUUCGGCCCCGACCUGGCCAAGAAGCUAGCUCAGCUUGUCAAGAUGGAAAAGAACGUGAUGCGAAGCUUGGAAACUGUUGCCAAAGAGCGCAUGGAUGUUGCUCAACAACUCUCCAUCUGGGGUGAAUGUGCCGACGAGGACGUUUCCGAUGUAACUGACAAGCUGGGUGUACUGCUGUACGAAAUUGGCGAGCUGGAGGACCAGUAUGUCGACCGCUACGACCAAUACCGUAUCACCAUGAAGAGCAUUCGCAACAUUGAAGCGUCUGUCCAACCGAGCAGAGACCGCAAGCAAAAAAUUACCGACCAAAUCGCCCAGCUCAAGUACAAGGAGCCCAACUCACCCAAGAUUGUCGUGCUGGAGCAGGAGCUUGUGCGCGCAGAGGCCGAGUCCCUUGUCGCCGAGGCGCAGCUAUCCAACAUUACGCGCGAAAAGGUAAAGGCGGCCUAUACCUACCAGUUUGAUGCUCUCCGCGAGCACAGCGAAAAGGUUGCCAUCAUUGCCGGGUAUGGGAAGCACCUUCUCGAGCUCAUCGAUGACACUCCUGUGACUCCCGGCGAGACUCGACAGGCAUACGACGGUUAUGAAGCUAGUAGGGCUAUCAUUCAGGACUGUGAGGAUGCUCUGACCAACUGGGUCACCGCCAACGCUGCCGUCUCUUCCAAGCUCUCUACCCGUUCCCGCACCCUGUCUCAGCGCCGCCGGAACAACAUCCGCAACCGAGGCGAGGGCCACGAUCUGUCUGCCCAAGACGCUCCCUUGAACGACGGCGGCUCCUGGACAGGCCGUGAUCAUGAGGAAAGCGAGGAAGAGGAAGAGGAAGAGGAGGCGGCCAGCGAAAUAAACGGCGAGACGCGCGGCCGCACCAAGGAGGCGAUUGCCGCAUGA